AUGCCGAGCCCCCGGAGGAGCGCCGAGGGUCGCGCGCUGGGCAUCCCCGCCGCGAGCAGCAGCAGCAGUAGCCCGAACAGCCCGGCACACGGCGGCGGCGGCGGCGGCGGCGGCGGCGGCAGGUUUGAGUUCCAGUCCCUGCUCAGCAGCCGCGCGCCCUGCGCCGACCCCACUUGCGCUCGGCUCCGCGCGUCCGAGAGCCCGGUGCACCGCCGCGGCUCGGUCCCGCUGGCCUGGCCCGGCCCCGCGCCGGCGCCCCCGGGCCUGGCGCCCGAGGAGGCGCGCAUGAACUUAAACCCGUCCUUCCUGGGCAUCGCCCUGCGCUCCCUGCUGGCCAUUGACCUGUGGCUAUCCAAGAAGCUGGGCGUGUGCGCUGGGGAACACUCCUCCUGGGGCAGCGUGCGGCCCCUGAUGAAGCUGCUGGAGAUCUCGGGCCACGGCAUUCCCUGGCUGCUGGGCACCCUCUACUGCCUGUCGAGGAGCGACAGCUGGGCCGGGCGCGAGGUGCUCAUGAACCUGCUCUUCGCCCUGCUGCUGGACCUGCUGCUAGUGGCCCUAAUCAAAGGGUUGGUCCGCAGGCGCCGCCCAGCUCACAACCAGAUGGACAUGUUUGUCACCCUCUCGGUGGACAAGUAUUCCUUCCCCUCGGGCCAUGCCACAAGAGCCGCCCUGGUGUCACGCUUCAUUCUGAACCACCUGGUGCUGGCCAUUCCACUGAGGGUCUUGGCGGUCCUUUGGGCCUUCAUCUUGGGCCUCUCCAGGGUGAUGCUGGGGCGGCACAACGUCACCGACGUGGCUUUUGGCUUUCUUUUGGGCUACAUGCAGUACAGCAUCGUGGACUAUUGCUGGCUCUCGCCCCACAAUGCUCCAGUCCUCUUUGCACUAUGGAGUCAACAAUGA